GCUGGGACCCAUCAGCUUUAGCUUGCUGGAUCCUUAAGAUCUGAGUCGGGCACUCCGCCACUCCGCUGCCAAAUACCAGAGUUCCAAUGAUGGCCAUUAGUUCGCCGGUUCCACGUCUCAUACUGUAUUCCUCGAUUAUCCGAUUGAAUCUCUUUUUCCCUCUUAUUAGCACAAGAAUAUUGAUCUUCCCCAAAAUAGCAAAUUAGGAUCUCCGUCCAUCGCCGGAACCCGACACCACCAGAAUGUCGAGGCCAAGAUUGGAAGGCAAGGUGACCAUCAUCACUGGAGGGGCCAGCGGCAUCGGCGAGGCCACCGCGAGGCUCUUCGCCUCUCAGGGCGCCCUCGUCAUCAUCGCCGAUAUCCAGGACGAGCUCGGCCGCGCCGUGGCCGCCUCCAUCGGCCUCGACCGCUGCGCCUACCGCCACUGCGACGUCCGCGACGAGAAGCAGGUGGAGGCGACGGUGGACUUCGCCGUCCAGACCCACGGCCGGCUGGACGUCCUUUUCAGUAACGCGGGGAAGAUGGGCCCCGCGGGCGCCUUCCUGGAGGCAAGCCUGGAGGAGUGGGACGACAUCAUGGCCAUCAACGCGCGGGGAGUGGCUGCGACCGUCAAGCACGCGGCGCGGGCGAUGGUGGCGCGCAAGACGCGGGGGUCCAUCGUGUGCACCGGGAGCGUGGUGGCGAGCCGUGGGGGAACCCGGGCGGCAGCCUACGUGGCAUCGAAGCACGCAGUACUGGGGCUGGUGCGCGCGGCCGCGGCGGAGCUCGGGGAGCACGGCAUCCGGGUGAACUGCGUGUCCCCCUCGGCCGUGGCCACGCCCCUCGCGUGCGCGCUCCACGGGUGGAGCCCGAGCGAGGUGGAGGAGUACGGCGAGGCCCUGUCCAGGCUGAAGGGGGUGGUGCUCAAGGCGAGCCACAUCGCAGAGGCCGUGCUGUUCCUGGCGUCGGAUGAAUCGGAAUACAUCACCGGGCUCGAUUUAGUGGUGGACGGAGGGCGGACUGUCGUCGGUCAGAAUGCGCCCAUCCACAUCAACAUCAACAAAUAGUCGUGCUGUUUUGAGGUGGGCCAAGCUCUCUCGCGAUGACUGCCAGUCUAGUUGCAGACCCGGGACUGUUAUGGCUGUAGAGCGAAGCCCAACCCUGUGAUGCUAUGCAGCAGAAUAAUUUCAUCCAUUUAAAUCAGAAAGCAACUCUCAUUUGGCCUUGUUACCGUUGGAUGUAUGCCAAGCCAUGAACGAUGAUAAUUAAUAACGAAAUCGCUGCUGAUGAUAUUAAUUUUCAACUUUUUA